UCGGGGCAGUUCACAGAAGAUAUGAUUCCUACAGUAGGCUUCAAUAUGAGAAAAAUAACAAAAGGAAACGUUACCAUAAAGGUAUGGGACAUUGGAGGACAGCCAAGAUUUCGAAGCAUGUGGGAGCGUUACUGCCGAGGAGUCAAUGCAGUUGUUUAUAUGGUGGAUGCAGCAGACUUAGAAAAAGUAGAAGCUUCAAAGAAUGAGUUACACAGUUUGAUAGAUAAGCCACAAUUGCAUGGAAUUCCCGUGUUAGUCCUUGGAAAUAAAAGAGACCUUCCAGGUGCACUGGAUGAAAAACAGUUAAUUGAGAAACUAAACCUUUCAGCAAUUCAAGACAGAGAAAUCUGUUGCUAUUCUAUUUCUUGUAAAGAAAAGGAUAACAUCG